CAGAAAUAACUGGGGAAUAGAAUAUAAAAAAAAAGAAAAACAUUUGGACUUUGUGGUGAGAGGAGAAAAAUAAUGGAAAUUGAAUUACGUGAUAAUGAGGUUAAUUGUUAUACACAGUCGUUAAGGAUUGAUUUUACUGAAGACGAAACAGAAGAAGAAGAGAAAACAUCAUUUCACUGUGAUGUCUGCAACAAGUCCUUCUUUCUCAAAGAUGAACAGACGAUUCACAAAUGUUUCCAUGCAGGAGAGGAUCUCUAUCGCUGUGACAUCUGUGGUAAAUCAUUCUCUGAAAAGGUUCGUUUGACCAAACAUAAACACAUUCACGCAGGUGUCGAGCCGUAUCGCUGUAAUACCUGUGGUAAAUCAUUCUCUCAGAAUCAUAGCUUAGCUAUUCACAAAUGCAUCCACAUUGUGGUUAAGUCACAUCAUUGCGAUAUCUGUGGCAAAUCAUUCUCUGGAAAUAGUGACCUAACCACUCACAAACGUAUUCAUAAAGGAGAGAAACAAUAUCAGUGUGAUAUCUGUGGUAAAUCAUUCUCUAAAAGUAGUCAGUUAAUUCAACACAAACGUAUUCAUACAGGAGAGAAACCAUAUCAUUGUGAAAUCUGUGGUAAAUCAUUCUCUCAUAAUCACCACUUAACUACUCACAAAUACAUUCACACAGGAGAGAAACCAUAUCAGUGUGAUAUCUGUGGUAAAUCAUUCUCUCGAAAUCACCACUUAACUACUCACAAAUACAUUCACACAGGAGAGAAACCAUAUCAGUGUGAUAUCUGUGGUAAAUCAUUCUCUCAUAAUCACCACUUAACUACUCACAAAUACAUUCACACAGGAGAGAAACCUUAUCAGUGUGAUAUCUGUGGUAAAUCAUUCUCUCAGAAUCACCACUUAACUACUCACAAAUACAUACACACAGGAGAGAAACCAUAUCAUUGUGAUAUCUGUGGAGAAUCAUUCUCUCAUAAUCAGCACUUAACUACUCACAAAUACAUUCACACAGGAGAGAAACCUUAUCAGUGUGAUAUCUGUGGAGAAUCAUUCUCUCAUAAUCAGCACUUAACUACUCACAAAUACAUUCACACAGGAGAGAAACCUUAUCAGUGUGAUAUCUGUGGUAAAUCAUUCUCUCAGAAUCACCACUUAACUACUCACAAACGUAUUCACACAGGAGAGAAACCCUAUCACUGUGAUAUCUGUGGUAAAUCAUUCUCUCAGAAUCACAACUUAACUACUCACAAAUACAUUCACACAGGAGAGAAACCAUAUCAGUGUCAUAUCUGUGGUAAAUCAUUCUCUAGAAAUGGUGACCUAACCACUCACAAACGUAUUCAUACAGGAGAGAAACCAUAUCAUUGUGAUAUCUGUGGUAAAUCAUUCUCUCAGAUACACCACUUAACUACUCACAAAUACAUUCAUACAGGAGAGAAACCUUAUCAGUGUGAUAUCUGCGGUAAAUCAUUCUCUCAGAAUCAAAACCUAACUAAACACAAAUACAUUCAUACAGGUGAGAAACCCUAUCCCUGUAAUAUUUGCGGUAAAUCUUUUUCUCAAAGUUACCACUUGAGUAAACACAAACGUAUUCAUACGGGAGAGAAGCCAUACGUGUGUGAUAUCUGUGGUAAAUCCUUCUCUCAGAAACAUACCUUAAUUUCUCACAAACACAUUCACACAGGAGAGAAGCCUUAUCACUGUGAUGUAUGUGAAAAAUCUUUCUCUCAAAAAGGUAACUUAACUGCUCACAAACAUAUCCACGCAGGAAAGAAACCAUAACACUGUGAUAAUUCUAUUACUCUCUCUCUCUCUCUCUCUUUUACUUGUUUCAGUCAUUUGAGUGCGGCCAUGCUGGAGCACCGCCUUUAGUUGAGCAAAUCGACCCCAGGACUUGUUCUUUGUAAGCCCAGUACUU